AUGUGGAAGAGCGUGUUACAACGUGACGAAUCGGCCCAAAAAUAUUUUCUCAACGUCGCAGUUAACAUCGACACCACGGACCACUCCAUAACGCAUCGAUUUUCAGACGAGUCACCAAAGGAUUUCCAAAAUAGAGCCAGUGAAAAAUUAUCGCGACAAAAUCACACGGACAGUGUCGAGAUUCGUCACAUGAAGCAACGUCCACCUAUGGAUAACCGAAAAGCAGUGCACAAAUGUUCCAAUAAACUUAUGAAUCGGUAUCGCCCUAGAACAGAUGGAUCAAACUCAAAAAUGCGCGCUUACCCGUACAAAGAGAACAGACAACACGAGGCCUAG